UUUUUUUUCUUCUUUUUUCAGGGAAUUUAUCUCCCUCAACACUCGAUCUUUCCGCCCGUCACAAACCUUUCUAUAUAUACUCGUAUAUGUGUGCAAUAUAAUUUUUUUUUGCUGAGGAAGGAAAAUCGCAAAUAACAGAGCGUCUCAAGUGCGAAAUGAUGGACUUCGACAGCAUUAUUUGAGACGCCAAGAAAAAAAAAGAGAAUAGCCUCCGUAUAUAGUGACCAGCAUAUAGGAAUAAAAAUUGGCGGAGUGGAGAAUCAAUUCCUGGAAAUACCUGAGAAAAAUUUCGAUGGUUUGGACAAUGACAAUGACGACGACGACGACGACGAGGCAGAGGAGAAGUGGUGCGUCGAGUGGCGGCGGUGCGACGUUGGUCGCCGUUGGCACCCUCGUCUUGAUGCUGGCGGUGUUUGCGUGUCUGGCGUCCGUGGCCACGUGUGACCACCAGCACGUGCACGUGCACCAUCAACAUCAUCAGCAGCCAAGAAGCACCAUCAAAAGGAGUAAUGACGUGCACUACGAUGGUCAGCGUGUGGUCGUACCGAUGAGUCGCCACCAGCGCCAGCAAGCAGAACCCAAUAAUGCCAAUAACCAUCAGCACCCAUCACUCGACUACUACUACCGCCGCUGGCACGACUUACCACAUCCGACGACUAACGGUGGUGGUGGUGGUGGUGGUGGUGCCAUGGCCAGGAAGGUAUUUAGUGUGCGGAGGCGGUCGGGCGACGUUUUGGCAGGCGCCUUGAAGCGGCUGCAGAUCAUUGACCAGAUGUACACCAAGUUGGGCAGGCCAAGGUACGGAAAACGGGCAUCAUCAGCACCGUGGACGGCGCCGCCGAGAAUGGCGCGUGUCCCCAGCAUCAGCCAGCAGCAGGAGUUCAUCAGCAAAGAAGAAGCUUCGAUUCCUUUUGCUGGUGCAGCAGCAGACGACGAUCUCGACGACGACGACGAGCAACAAACAGCAGCAGCAGAGGACAGCAUCGAAGACUACGCCUACACGGACUGGAAGCCGAAUGACGGCGACUGAGUGUGUGUGUGUGUGUGUGUGUUGCAGGCAGAACAUGUUCCCAGCAUGAUGCACUGUACCAUUCCUCUGUGCUGUACCUUCUACCGUAUACUCACACGGCCCCCGCGUCUCGAUCACUACUACAGUGUAUUGUGGAUCUGCCUGCUGACCGGGCCCAUCUGCAGCAAUAAUGAUGAUGACAAAUGACUAAAUGACUCGUGGUUCCACUUCAUUAUGUAGCUACUGUAAUAGAUCGUCCCUCCUCCUCCUCCUUCUUCUUCUUUUCCUGCUGUUCAUCUUCUCCGUCAUCAGAGGGAUUGGAUACUCAUUAAAUACCAGCUCCUGGUGCAGAAAUGAA